CCCGUCUUGACUGUGUGCACGACAGUACGCUGUUCUGGUCUAGAAGGCCAAAUAGCGACAAGCGUGAUGUUGCGUCUGCCAGCAGUUAGCCGAACCCUGGCUGGGGUGGCUCACUCCAAGGGUUGUCUGGCCGCCCCAAAUAACGUUCGUAUGUCUGUCCGGGCUUCAAGUAACCUGGUGGAGGUGUUUGUUGAUGGUAAGCCCAUAAUGGUGGAGCCUGGGACUACUGUAUUGCAGGCCUGUGAGAAGGUGGGCGUGCAGAUUCCCCGUUUCUGUUAUCACGAGCGUCUCUCUGUGGCAGGCAACUGCCGCAUGUGCCUGGUGGAGAUUGAAAAAGCGCCCAAGCCUGUGGCAGCCUGUGCUAUGCCUGUAAUGAAGGGCUGGAACAUUCUGACCAACUCUGAGAAAACACGUAAGGCCAGAGAGGGAGUGAUGGAGUUUCUUCUGGCCAAUCAUCCUCUAGACUGUCCAAUCUGUGACCAGGGAGGAGAGUGCGACUUGCAGGACCAGUCGAUGACGUUUGGCACCGACAGAAGUCGUUUCAUGGAGGGAAAGAGAGCAGUGGAAGACAAGAACAUUGGGCCGCUCAUCAAAACCAUCAUGACCAGGUGUAUCCAGUGCACACGCUGCGUACGAUUUGCCAGCGAGGUCGCGGGCGUGGAGGACCUGGGCACCACCGGCAGGGGCAACGACAUGCAGAUCGGCACGUACGUGGAGAAGAUGUUCAUGUCGGAGAUGUCCGGGAAUGUGAUCGACAUCUGUCCCGUGGGAGCGCUGACGUCCAAACCCUACGCCUUCACCGCACGACCCUGGGAGACCAGGAAGACAGAGACCAUUGACGUGCUGGAUGCCGUGGGCUCAAAUAUCGUGGUGAGCACCAGGGGUGGUGAGGUGAUGAGAAUCCUGCCCCGACUGAACGAAGACGUCAACGAGGAGUGGAUCUCCGACAAGACCAGAUUUGCGUAUGAUGGACUGAAGAGACAGCGGUUGACUCAGCCCAUGGUGAAGGACGAGUCUGGGCAGUUUGCGGUCACCUCUUGGGAAGACGCCCUCACCCGGGUGGCCGGAGCUCUUCAGGGAGCUCAGGGCUCUGAGAUUGGAGUCAUUGCUGGUGGGUUGGUGGAUGCAGAGUCCCUGGUGGCUCUGAAGGACCUGCUAAACAAACUGAACAGCGAUACACUCUGCACCGAGGAGGUCUUCCCCAUGUCAGGGGCCGGAACUGACCUGCGCUCCAACUACCUUUUGAACACCCGUAUCUCUGGCAUUGAAGAGUGUGACCUGCUGCUUCUCAUAGGGACAAACCCACGCUAUGAGGCCCCUCUUUUUAACGCUCGCAUUCGCAAGAGUUGGCUCCAUAAUGAGCUGCAGGUGGCAGUGGUAGGUUCCAACGUAGAUCUCAACUACUCCUUCAAUCACCUCGGAGACUCCACAGAGGUUCUGCAGCAGAUCGCUGCAGGAACACACCCGUACUGCAAGGAGCUGGCCCAGGCCAAGCGUCCCGUCGUGGUCGUAGGAAGCUCCACGCUCCAAAGGAAGGACGGCGCGGCCAUCCUGGCCGCCGUGUCCACCAUCGCCCAGAACGCUCGGGCCAGCAGCGGCGUGGAGGAGGGCUGGAAGGUGCUCAACAUCCUGCACAGGGUGGCCAGUCAGGUCGCAGCCUUGGACCUGGGCUACAAGCCUGGUGUGGAGGCCAUCCGAAAAUCUCCGCCCAAAGUGCUGUUCCUGCUGGGAGCGGAUGCUGGCUGCGUCACACGACAGGACCUGCCCAAAGACUGCUUCAUCAUCUACCAAGGUCACCAUGGCGACGUCGGUGCCCCGAUGGCUGAUGUGAUUCUGCCCGGAGCCGCCUACACAGAGAAAUGCGGCACCUAUGUGAACACGGAGGGCCGCGCCCAGCAGACCAGGGUGGCCGUCACCGCGCCAGGCUUGGCACGAGAGGACUGGAAGAUCAUCCGGGCUGUCUCUGAGCUGGCUGGAGUCACGCUGCCCUAUGACACACUGGACGAGGUGAGAGACAGACUGGCGGAGGUCGCCCCUAACCUCGUUCGCUAUGACGACGUGGAGGAAGCCAACUAUUUCAAACAGGCCAACGAACUCGCCAUGAGUGUGGAUCAGACCCUCCUGGCAGACCCUCUUGUUCCGCCUCAGAUCUCGGUCAAGGACUUUUAUAUGACAGAUUCCAUCAGCAGGGCCUCCCAGACAAUGGCCAAGUGUGUGAAGGCCGUCACAGAGGGAGCACAGGCGAUAGAGGAGCCUUCCAUCUGCUAAAAAAAAAACAAAAACCACACACACACCUGUCCUCUGUAAAACACUCACUCUUUUGUGAGAUAAACCAGUCCAUCAGUUAAACGCGCACACAAACGUCUUCGAAAGAGCCCAAAAAAACCUUAAACUCAAAGACAUCAUUUCUCUGUAGCGCAUGGUCCACAGCGCUCUACGGCCUGCGGAACUUAUAUGUAGUAGAACAGCUCUGCUCCAAUGUGUGGGGUUUUUUUUUUUUCAUGCUUAUAUUUAUCUAUGCUGAGAGCGUUGUAAAGAUGUCAUUCCUGUGUUCAGGUAUGGAAGAACAGCUUUGUUGUUGAGAAGCUUACCUUAUAAUGAAUAAAACCUUAACAUGUCAA